AUGAGUGAUGACGAUGAAGGUGCCAAUUCUGAAGAUGAAGAAGAAGAAUCAUUUUUUGAUAUCCACCAUGGUCAUUCUGACAGCAUACAAGUCAUUACUCGACUUGCAUGCUUUGAUAAAUAUCGUUCCAUUGCCACAAAAGGAUGGAAAGUAUGCUCCUCUGCAUGGAGUGAUAGUGCUUUCUUCAUUCGAGAAGUGAAUAAGGAAAUUGAACGAUUAUUGACAGAGUUAAUUUCAAAUACUCAAUUCUCUGACAUUACCUUAAUAACAACCAACUAG